CCCACAGAGUCUCCGCGUUCGAUUUUGGAAGGCUCGCUGGGGAGCUCUCACCAGAGCUUGGCCGAGGAUUGGCUCUUCCCCGGCUGGGGAGCGUUUUCUCCCGGGAGUCGCGGCUGUGACCUAGGUGGCCCGCCUUGGGCAGCCAGGUACGUAGGUUGGCGGCCCGGCUCGCGCUGCGGUAGGAACGGGCGGGCCGGCCAUCAGAGCCCGGGUGCCACUGGGACCCGAACCCGCAGGUUCACUUUAGGGCCCGGCGUUGUGCGAAGCGGCCAAGUCUGAGCCCCGGGGACCGAUCUGCGCCGGGGAUGUCGCCCAGCGAUCUGGGCCAGGAUAUCCCCUCCCAAGCUCUCGCCCUGUGGGCGAACGCCGCCCGGCCCUUGUGAGCACCUUCACAGCAGGAAGCGCAGAGCUACGCCCGCCCUUUCGAAAGGCCGUGAAGGGGUUGGGAUGGGCACAUCUUAGGUUGCCCCGUCCCGAUUUGAGGUCUGUCGACGCUGCCCUUCAGCGUGUCUCACUGCUGGCUGAAUCUCAGGGUAGGAGGAUGAACCAAGAGUGAGGAUCUCAAAAUCUGGAGGUGCCACGGCCCCCCACCCCAAGGUGCAUGGAGGGUAUGGUUGAAGCUGGAGGGCCCAGACUCACCCAGAUGGCUUGUUGAGCUCCCAGGAUGGGAACCCCAGCCUCUGUGGUAAGCGAGCCGCCCCCUUGGCAGGCCCCGGCUGAGGCCCGGGGCCGCAAGCAGGCCACAGCCAACAUCUUCCAGGACGCUGAGCUGCUGCAGAUCCAGGGCCUGUUUCAGCGCAGUGGGGACCAGCUGGCCGAAGAGCGGGCACAGAUCAUCUGGGAGUGUGCAGGAGACCACCGUGUGGCAGAGGCCUUGAGGAGGCUGCGUAGGAAGAGGCCCCCCCGGCCCAAACCCCUGGGCCACUCACUGCACCACUGCAGCCGGCUCAGAAUCCCUGAGCCCCGUGCCCCACUGGCCAACCCACAGAGCGGCGCCACAGAGACGGCCUCUGGCGAUCAGUAUCUGAACUCCAGGAGGACAAGUGGCAGGAUCCGGCGGAACUGGAAGAAGCCAGGCCCCACCGGCUACCUCCAUCAGAUCAGACACUGAUCCAGGGAAGGGGCUGGGAACGGCAGUAACUUCCCCAGGAAUCAUACGGACUUUUGCCAAAGGGCCCAGGAGGUGAAGAAGGAAGAGAGACUGGAGGCGGAUGGCCCCAUAGUGGUACAUGGAAGAUCACUACCACUGGCCUGAUCCAUUCAGAACAGGACCGGAGGUGUCCCCUGAGCUCUGCGCCAUGCGGGACCCACUCCUCACCAGAAUGAGGAGAAACAGCACCCAUUCCUGCCUCAGCGCUUCCCACCUAACAGUAUACUCGGGCUGCAUGAUAUUCCCCUGGGAGUCCAGCGAUGGGCACGGAGACUGAGCAUCUCACCACUCCUGCUACCGACCCUCCUGCUAUUACUGUAACCCUUGGUCCUGCUGCCUGCCCACACCCCUGCCCGCCAGGCUGGCACAAGGAAACUGUGGCUUAAGUGGCAAAAUAAAACCAUUUGCAUCAA